AUGGCAGACGGCGCCGCCCAGGACAGCGAGGAAUCUCUCCAGAAAUCUUUGAAAACGGAAUCGGGGGCAGCGGAUUCAACACAAGUCGUGUUCCCAGAAGAUUCAUCCGUUACAAAAGACGAGAAAGUUGAGAGAAAUUGGGCUACAACGGACGAUUCACUGGAUGAGCCAGCUGCCAAACGGGUCAAGAUUGGAGAUUCGAAUUCUAUGUCGUCUGUGAACGGAGGCAAAUUGGGAGGAGAUUCGAGGGACAAGGUGAAGGGCAUUGCCAUGGUGAAGCCCGAAUUCCUCGUAGACACUUACACCACAAGGACAGCUACAGACUCGACAUUUCAAGUAGACGAUGACGCCGCAGAAGCACGCAAAGACGACCGAGACAGCAACGAUGCUGGGGGCAAGAAGAACAGAGGAGAUAAGAAGCAGAAGAAGCAAAAGGGCCAGAACAAGGCUCGUGAGUUCGGAUCAUGGUACGAUGCCAUCAGGCUGUGCAACACCCUGGCGAAUUCCCCAGAGUUCUCUCCCAAGAAAUGCAAUUUCGGGGAUUCUUGCAAAUGCUGCCACGAUCUGCGCAAGUAUCUCAAAGAUGGGAAGCGGGAAGGCCUUACAACUUUCGAAGGCAAAUGUCCUGUCUGGGAGAAGCACGGAAUCUGCCAUGCUGGGUGGAAAUGCCGAUUUGUAGCAAGCCACUCCAAGGAAAUCGAGAGAGAGGACGGUCGAAAAGAGCUGGUCUUGAUAUACAGAGAUGGAGCUGAAGACACGCCAAUCGAGGGAGAGGAUCGGAAAGAAGUCUACAAUGUCGUCAGCACUAAAGACAAACUGGAUCUUGCACGGAGAAGAUUCAACGUGGACAAGUCUGAAGAGUAUACAAGAUGGUUGGAAGAUGAACAGAAGGAGAUGGAAAAGAUUUACCACCGAAAGAAGGACGAUGUGGAAGAUCGCGAAGAGAACCGGGCUAUGUUCAAGGAUCCGCCCUUUCUUCCAUCCGAGAAGAGGAGAAUUUACUUCGGCCCAGAAACUCCGGUCCUGGCUCCCUUGACCACGCAGGGCAACCUUCCCUUCCGGAGAAUGUGUGUUGAGUUCGGAGCACAGCUCACGUACUCUGAAAUGGCCAUGACUACGCCGUUGAUUCAGGGACAAAAGUCGGAAUGGGCAUUGAUGAAGGCUCAUGAAAGCGAACUAUCGCCGCCUCGGUAUGCACCUACUUCAGUGGUUCAGAAUUAUGACAACUCCAAGGACCUGAAGUUUGCUACUCAAGUUUCCGCUAAUAAACCCUGGCAAGCCACAAAAGCUGCGGAAAUCAUGGCGAAGCUGUUGCCCCAUGUUCGUCUUAUGGAUUUGAAUUGCGGGUGUCCGAUUGAGAUGGUCUACCAAUCUGGUGCUGGUUCAGCACUGCUUGACGCGCCUUCUAAACUAGAGAAGAUGAUUCGCGGCAUGAACACAGUUUCGGGAGAGAUUCCAGUCACAGCCAAGAUUAGAAUGGGCACCAAGACGGAAAAGCCUAAUGCGAAGAAGAUCAUUGAACGUUUGGCAUUUGGUGGCAUCGAAUCGCAAAACCGUAUUGGAGCCCCAGGAUGCGCGGCAAUCACUCUUCAUGGGCGAUCAAGACAACAGAGAUACACCAAGACCGCCGAUUGGGGAUAUAUCGCGGAAUGUGCUGCCUUGAUUAACGGGUACAACCAGGACAAGGACAACCUAGUGGACACCAUCAGCGCACCUGAUGAGCGAACUCAAGCCAACGGCAAGGAUGGCAAGAUGUAUUUCAUUGGAAACGGUGAUUGCUACUCACACGUUGACUACCUUGACCACAUUCAAAAUGCGGGUGUUGACUCCGUUAUGGUCGCCCGAGGAGCACUUAUCAAGCCUUGGAUCUUCGAGGAGAUCGAGACUGGACAAUACCUUGACAAGUCUGCAUCCGAAAGACUUGGCUACGUAGAGAAAUUCGUGCGGUACGGCCUGGAAGCAUGGGGCUCUGACGAAGUCGGAGUUGGACAGACCCGGCGAUUUUUGCUUGAGUGGUUGAGCUUUGCCCACAGAUACGUCCCAAUUGGCAUUCUCGCUCAUCUGCCCCCAAGCCUUCAGGACCGACCACCGGCGUACCGGGGUAGAGAUGAUCUGGAGACUUUGCUAGCUAGCGACAACUAUUUGGACUGGAUCAAGAUCAGUGAAAUGUUCCUUGGGCCUAGCCAUAAGGAUUUCAAGUUCCAGCCGAAGCAUAAGUCGAACAGCUAUGAGAUUGAGGCCGAGGGCUAG